AUGUUACCAAGCCAGGCCGGGAACGGCGCUGCUGCCCUGCCCCGGAGCUCGGUCAUGGGCAUGGCGCGGACGUCCUCUGGCCGGCCAGGCGCUGGGAUCCCGCGAGGAGCUAACGGCGGUGGUGCAGGCGUCCGGGGGCCCGGCAAUGGGACGGGCCCGCCUAGUGGCCAGGGGCCGGUCGGCAGCCGCCUCGAGCGGGAGCGAGACCGGGACGUGGCGGCGGCAGCUUCGGCGGUGGGCAGCGGUAGCGAGGGCGAGUCAGACUCGGCCGAAGACGAGGAGCUGGGGGGCGAUCGGCGCGGGAUGAAGCGGACUUUGGGCGAAAUGGAACUCGUGGGGCAUGAGGCGGCGGUGGCGGCGGCGGCUGCAGCAGCUGCGGCGGCGGCCGGGGGCUACGGCGGGGUGAGCGGGGCGGUGAGCGGCGCCAAGCCCGGCAAGAAGACCCGCGGCCGCGUCAAGAUCAAGAUGGAAUUUAUCGACAACAAGCUGCGGCGCUACACCACGUUCAGCAAGAGGAAAACGGGCAUCAUGAAGAAGGCCUAUGAACUUUCCACCCUAACGGGCACUCAAGUGUUGCUGCUGGUGGCCAGUGAGACAGGCCACGUCUACACAUUUGCCACACGGAAGCUGCAGCCCAUGAUCACCAGCGAGACGGGAAAAGCACUGAUCCAGACAUGCUUGAACUCUCCUGACUCCCCUCCUCGGUCAGACCCAACCACUGAUCAGCGCAUGAGUGCUACGGGCUUUGAGGAGACAGACCUCACUUAUCAGGUGUCCGAGUCGGACAGCAGUGGAGAAACAAAGGACUCCCUGAAGCCUGCCUUCACGGUCACGAACUUGCCAGGGACGACGUCAACCAUCCAGACGGCACCCACCACCUCCACCUCCAUGCAGGUCAGCAGUGGCCCCUCGUUCCCCAUCACCAACUACCUUGCGCCAGUCUCUGCCAGCGUCAGCCCCAACACGGUCACCAGUGCCAACGGGACGGUGCUGAAAACCACUGGAACCAGUGCGGUGGCCUCCGGAGGGCUAAUGCAGAUACCCACCGGCUUCACCCUCAUGUCAGCAGGUGCUCCACUCCCUCCUGGGACCCCUACCAUUCCUCUCACUCAGUUGCAGCCGCACUCGCUGGCCCUCUCCAGCCAGCAGGGCCAGGUGGCGGUCGCAGGCACCCCUGGACAGCUGCAGCAGGCACAGCAGACAGUCUUCCGAUUUCCAGCCUCAGCCGGAGGGCAGUUUGUGUCUCUGACAGCAGAGAGUUUGGGAGAAUAUUGUAUGAAUUUGAUUUCCGGCGGUGUUAGAGGUGGUGCUGUGGCUCAACAGGUCCCCGUGCAAGCUAUCCAGGUGCAUCAGGCCCCCCAGCAAACGUCUCCCACGACUGACAGCAGCACUGACCUCACCCAGACCUCUUCCAGCGGAACAGUGACUCUGCCAGCGACGAUCAUGACUUCAUCUGUGCCAACCACGGUGGGAGGUCACAUGAUGUACCCCAGUCCUCACACGGUGAUGUACGCUCCUACGUCAGGCCUCACGGAUGGUGGGCUUGCGGUUCUCAAUGCCUUCUCCCAGGCACCAUCAGCAAUGCAGGUUUCACACGGGCAGGUGCAGGAUCAGGGUGGAGUCUCUCAGGUGUUCUUGACAGCACCUUCAGGGACAGUUCAAAUCCCAGUCUCAGCUGUCCAACUUCAUCAGAUGGCUGUUAUCGGGCAGCAAUCCAGCAGCAGCACCAACUUGACAGAACUGCAGGUGGUCAACUUGGACACGUCACAUAGUUCUAAGAGUGACUGAGCAACUCUGGGGGUGGGGGGCAGGCGGGCGGGCGGACACCUGGCACCCACACCUGCAGCAGCUGCCGCCGUGGUGCUUUGCGCUGUGCAUGGCCCCAGGAUCUAUGGCACUCCUCCCGGCAGCACCCGACACCAGGAUCUCGGCGGUCCCUCUUUUUAUAUGGACUCCGUCACUUAUUUAUUGUUGCCUUUUUCACGUUUUCUUCUCACUCUUUACACACACACACACACACACACACACACACACACACACACAUUAAACGUGGCUGCGAGGCCAGCAGCAGGUAGCGGAGCCUGGACUACAGGGAGAGGAUGGGGAGAGGUUUGCAUUUGAGCACUGCAUUUCCUUGUGCUUUUGUUUUGUCCGAGGUUCUCCCCCCACCCUUCCUCACUCCAGCCAAAGAAACUGUCUCUCACAGGUGGGAGUGCUUGCUCUGCCGUGUACAUAACACUCCUCCUGUUUUCCGUUGCCCAGUGCGGGAGUUCUCCCUCCCCUCUUGCUCACCACCGAAUGGCCAUGACCUUCCCCAGCUUUUUGCCACCACUGGGCAGAGCAACCCAGGCAGUCUGGGAGAAGUUGGAAUGCAGAAGGACUUGAAGCUAUCUUCAAAAGGGAGCCUCUUGUCAGACGUGGACAUUUCUUCUUCUCCCCCCCCGCCCCCUCCCCUUUUAAAAUUAACCCACUUUGAGGCAGAAGGGCAGCCCUUUCUCCACCCCAUUCGCAGUUCAGGUUCUUCUAGCUGGCUGCAGUAUUGUGCCUUCAAGCAAUCAGUGAUGCAUUGUGGGCUAACCCUGUUGGUGGCCUUGCCUUUUUUUUCUCGGCUUGCAAAGCGGGGUGGUUCCGACUGGUGUCCACCCUGGUCUCUGCUGGGGCAGUCAGGAACGGGAUGAGGAGAGGGCAGAAGGCAGAGCACCUUUACUCCCCCACCCCACCCCCGUUCCUCGCUAGGAACAUUGUGUGGCUGACUGUUGGCCACAUGGCACACGAGGCAACCACUUUGUGCCCGUUGAACCUGGCGAUGUUUUCUCAGCCCCACUCUGCCCUUCUUGGGAUCACAUCCAGCCAUUCUCAACCCCAGCAACUACGCCUGCUCCUGGCCUCGUGUGGCACUUUGUGGGGGACAUCCCCUUGGUCAGUGUUUCUCCAGCGCUUUCCUCUGGGAAGGAAGAGGAGUUGAGCCACAAUCCGUUUUAAUUAGGCAAGAGUGUAAAGGAAAGGACACAAAUAGAGAGAGCUCUAUUUUUAUAAGUUUUAAACUCAACAGGCCUCCCCGAAGGCUGCUGCGCUCACAACCGAGACAGCUGGGGAGGCAAUAAUCAAAGUUCGUCCAAGGUGCUGUUUCAGGCCGCCCUGAAAGAAGAUGGGCGUUGUCGCCAUCCAGGACGCUUGGCCUGCUUCGGCCAGGAGGGUGCCCUCUUGAGGCCUGCUGUUGCUAAGUUGGGACUGGGGAGGUGGGACAAGGCAGCAAGGCGGGUGGCGGAAUGCCCUUCCCACGUGGCAAGUGUGUGGUGACGAGUGGGGGGGGGUGGAGUCCAGGAGUGACGGCCGCUGCUGUUGCGCCAACGUGCUCGUGAAGACUUCUGGUCAUGCUGAUUCAGACAUGAGGUUUGGAGUGAACAAAUGCAAAAAGAAGAAGAAAGAAAGAAAAAGGGAAAAGCUGCAGGGCUAUUAGAUCUGCAAAGCAGAACAGCAGAAGGCUGGUGGCUGUGGGGUGGCAGAGGAUGAUGAACUAUCCUGCUGAUGGGAGAGCUCUGCCCGUGGAUAGUGGCUUGCACACAAUCAUGCACUUCAUUCUCACCCAGCGGAAGGGGGCGGGGGCGUUCUUCGUUCCGCCCCCGCCGGGAAAUCGGGCCUCAGUUAUUGUGAGCAGCUCAGCAGUUUUGGCCCCCACCCCCCCGCCUCUCCAAGGACCAGCUUUGGAGUAAGGAGGCUGCAGAUAUUUAAAGGAAGGAAGCAGCUACUGUAACUUUUCUUUUUUAAUUAAAAAACAAAAGAAGCCUUGAAAAAAAAAGACUUUAUUUUUCUAAGUGUUAAACUCAGUAUUUAUGUAAUUCUUAAAGGAAUUAAAGUCUGGCUCCUGUACAGUUUUCAUGGGGUUUGUACUGAGCAAGGGGAGAAUGGGCCAUGGGUUGGGGAGGGGUGGGGAAGAAGAGGAAAGGGGCCUUUUUAAUUUGUAUUUUAACCUUUUGAAAUUAUUUCCAUGAACAUUAGCGUUUAAACUGGCCUCCUGUCUCAAGCACUGGGGUCAGGCUUGGUGGGAAGGAUCAGCCAGUGGGGAAGGAAGCAUUGUGUGUGGGUUUUCCAACUUUAGUUCACUUGGCCGCAUUCUGGAAAUCAAGCCUGCCCUGACUCAGACCAGGUCUGCAGAUGCAGCAAACUGAGGUGUAGGAUGGGCUGUGCCAACUUCAGAGGAUCACCUUCUUUCAAUGCUCCCUUGCGUGAAGAACUCCCUGCGAGCAGAAAGUUAGCACAAUAGGAAGCAAGCUGGGCUAUAACAUUUCUCCCUGAUGUGCUAGCCUUUUCCUUGCAAGAAGUGCGUGUUUUUUAACGUUGGGAGUACUUGGAAAGUUUGUCCUGGCUGCGGUUUGAAGGGACGUGGCCUACUCUAACACUUCAGGAUUCUGUAGCUGUGUAGAUCAGGCCUCAACCAAUAUGUAUUUAACGGUACUUCUCUGGCAUCCAGCAACUAGAAGAAAGCAGUUAUUUUUGUUAGAUGGGAAGAUGGGCCGAAGGAGGAACCAAAGCAUCUUCUUGUUCUGACUCCCCUGCCUCUUCCCCCAUCUCCAGGCAGGGUCCCUCAAAAUAGUCUUGUAAAUUUAAUUCACAAGCAAGACUGCCCCUUGGAUUUCACAGGUGCCCCACAGUGUUCUAGCCAGACGGUCAUUAUCUGGAUGUUCUUACAUGUAUUUAGUUUUUGUUGCCUGCUGUCUAGUUUGCAGCCCCUUCCUAGGGAUGUGCAGUUAAUGAUAUGGACAACCCCGAUCCCCUGCGUCUGUUGAAAAAGGAUUUUUUAAAAUCUUGAUUUAUUGCACCAAUAUAUUUUGCAGAGGAAGCAGAGUAUGUCAUCUUCUAAAAUAUAUAGAUGCCAUAAAUCAAGAUGCUUAACCAGUUUUCCAAUCCUAAAAAGUUUCUUUAGAGCUUUUGGUCCAAUAUUUGUAAGGCUAGCUCAGGUUCUAGGUAAUCUGGGUACCUGCAGGCCAUUUUUACCGAGCAGUAACUUACCACUGUGUGCAUGCAACUGCUUGCUAAGCUGGUGGAACAGCUGGUCUGCCUACACAUCUGCUCCUGGACAGAAGUCUGGGUAAAGUAGGGCAGCUGUGAAGUUCUCCCCAUGGCAGGCUGAUAACAAAAGAGUGCUUUCUCGGCAGUUGCACCUUGUGGUAAGUUCACCUCUUGAGGAGGUGGAGGAAAAAUAAUUUCUGUGUGCAGAAUUUGUUUCAAUCUGUGGGGAAGUAUUACGGAGAGACUAUUUGGGAUAGAGGCAUGUCUACAAAGCAGGACUUCUCUAAUCAUGUUGCUAGCUCAAGAGUUUCCUGCUGAAGAGGGACAAGAAGCCACGUGCACUCAAUGGGUGCUCUGUUUUAAAAUCCCCCUCCGUAAUCCUGAUUUCCAGUGAUUUGGAUCUUGCUCCAUAGAUCCCCACUCCUUUUGUUCGCCUACAAAAGCACCCACAGGUUAAACGCUAAUGUUGCAUGUAAUUUUAAAGUGUUGAGUUGUAAGAACACUUAUCAGGGAUGAAACGGCAUUUAUUGUGUGGUGACCUUUUUAGUUCACACUUUACAGAUCGUUUGGGGUUUUGUGUGUGUGUGUGUGCGUGCGUGCGUGCGUGCGUGAGUGGCUGUGUGUGUGGUUUGUUUUCCAGGGUUUGUGUUUCUGGAAGGAUGUGACAGUAAUCGCAGUACUAUGUACAGAGCUUUCUUUUAUAUUAAAAACAAAACAAGACAAAAAACCUCUUUCAAUAAAUGUAUCAUUUUGUGCACA